UCCUACGAAAAAAUUAUGGAUAAUCUUGGUAACAUGAGAUAUUCUAGGGAUUACUGCUUGGUUUACCGCUUGUAUAAUCCUGACUCGUUUAUUUCGUCUAGCACCGCAAAGUGUUUCACUGAGCCUACGAAAAAAUCAUGGCUUGCCCUUCUGGAAGAUCAGCUGGAAUCAGACAUUCGAUUAACUGAACACUUGAAGGAGAGGCUGAAGCUGUUGCAGGAAUCUGGUGCUGAUCCUGAACAUAUUGAUAGAGUCCACAAUGAUUUACAGAAUAUGCUUGCUAGCUUGGAAACUGAUAAAGCUGAAAUCGAGCUUGAGAAAAAGGACAUAGCUGAAGCUCAAAAACAUGCAACUAAAGUUUCAAAGCAACAGUUGAAGAGACCAAGGCAGAUAGAUGAAUCUGGAAAGCAGACAACUGAAGUUCCAAAGUAUAUGGAGAAUAUACCAAUAAGAAAGGAGACAACUGAAGUUCCAAAGUAUAUGGAGAUAAUAAACAACACUGAAGUUCCAAUGCAGCAGGAGAAGGAACUGAGGCUGGUAAUAAACAACACUGAAGUUCCAAUGCAGCAGAAUAAAGUGUUGGAGGCUUAAGAAGAACGUCAUCCAAAACGUGGUCAAUCAGUUUAUAUGAGUACCGUGUAUUAUACUUGCAUCUAGCAAAUGUAUUUGUAAUCUUUCUACGUGUAUGUGUCUCGGUGUAUCCGUGUCAUGUUAUUCUUACUUAUAUCCUAUAAUUCUGUCGACUUGUAAUAUUGUGUGUAAUAUUCUGGUUUUGAAUCAUUAUCAAUGAAGUAAUUGUGUUGUGCAA